AUGGCAUGCCAACAACAUCAAAUAAUAGAACAACAAAAGGACGAGGCAGAGAUAUACAAAGGAAAAGCAAUAUGCAAACAAAAAACAAAUCUCCUCCUUGACGAAAUUCUCCUUCCAAGAGGUUUGCUUCCUUUGGACAACAUUGUGGAAAUGGGUAUCAAUCGUCUCACGGGUUUCGUGUGGCUCAAGCAAACAGAAAAGAAGGUGCACCGGUACAAUGACAUUGGUCGCACGGUUUCCUUCGACACGGAGGUCACUGCCUUUGUGGAGGAACACCAGAUGCGAAGGGUCACCGGUGUUAAGACCAAGGAGUUGUUUGUAUGGCUUCCUGUGUCGGAUAUCUUCGUUAAUGACCCUUCUUCUAAUAAGAUCUCGUUCGCCAAUUCUUCGGGGGUUGCUAGGUCGUUUCCCCUAUCAGCAUUCGCUCUCGAAGAAGAACAUGUUCAUACACCGCGACAAAAUCAACAUAAAAUUUCAUCAACAAACAGAUUUAUUUAG